ACUUUGUCAGCUCAUUUUUUCCUCCCUAUCCGAUGUGCUCGAAGUUCUGGAGAUUUCUCGACAAAUUUGAUAACUGAUCUGACUGUGGUGAAUCUUGGUAUUGGUGGAUGUCGACGGUUCUGGAGGGGGUUGGUGAGGCUUCGGGGUUAGUUGUAGUCAGUGGAGUCGGAUUUUAGAAGCUUACUUGCGAGAGAUCAGAUAUUUUCCCUUCUUCUCCGGACUUAUUUGCUUGCAGUGGUAGUGGCGCGUGUGGUGGUUUCAGAGUUGCUUCUUCCCAGAUAUUUUGUUUUGAUGUGCUUCAUGUGUGUUUGGAUCUCUCCACGCCCUCGUUCUCUCCGAGUUUGUUGAAUCGCUAGGGGCUUCCGGCGUCUAAGGUCUGGAGCUCAUCUUCUCCAGUGGUAUCACGUCUCCGUGACCAGUGGUGCGGUCGAUGUCUUAAGAGGUUGGAGAAAUCCUCACAUGUUUAUUUAUGGGGGCGAGCGUCAAGUGGUGAGGCGGAAGUCGUCUGGUCAACGCUCCUCCUUCUCUGCUCAAGCGGCAUGUGUGGUGUUUGCUCAUCUCUGUUUUGGCGGAUCCACUUGGAUUUCUACCUUUGGUGUUAAUAUUUUUUUCCAGGUAUUUGUUCUCGACGUCUCGGAGCCGCCGUGUUCAGGUUUCGCUUCUUUCUCCCGGUACAAUACUUGUCUUUCUCUCUUGUGGUGGAUGAGAGCUGCUCUGAUGAAGAAUCAACCGUCUUACGAUGUGGCUGUUAGGGUUAAAAUUCCGCUCUGGUAAUGUGAUAUUCUUUGAUAAGUUUUGUGUCGUUUGUAGUAAUAGAUUAAGGUACAAUCGUUUAAAUAGGUUUGGGACUAUGAUUGUA